AUGACAGAUGGCCAUCUUCAACCAAAUGUAUCUGAUUUUGCCAUGCCACAUCUGAAAUCCUAUGUGAUAUGUCAAAGCAAUACUAUAAGUACAGAUAGCAACAUCAUGAAAUUCUGGAGAUACAUGCCAGAGGAGUUCCUAAGGCAGUGUAGACUGUCUUUGACAUAUCUUAAUGGCACUGCAUCAAGUGUAAGACUGAGACCCACAAUUGGAGAAGUAUUGGACACUCUAGAAAAUUCUCUGAAUGCCCUAUACUUCACUGACAAUCAGCCAGAAUCACUCAGGUCUUUCAAACCACUGUCUCCCUCUGAAUUUCACCAUCAAAAUAUCCCUGUGGAGGAUGAUGAGCACGAGGAUUUCAUGCUCUGUUCCCUGAAUAAUGGUGAGAUAGCAAAGAAAAUUCCUGUUUAG